CCGCUACCCCUCCCUUCACCCGGGCCUAGCAACCAUCUUGCCCCCUAUCCAGGCCCGUCUGAACAAUGCUGGAGUGGUACGGUUUUCAGACAUUCGGGCUUGGCGCGGUCAGUUUAGAAAUGGAAAAGGCCAGAACCUAAAGCCUUGAGAUUUCCCCAGCCCAGCAGUGCCCCCACGGGUUACAGAGCCAUAAGAAAGGCCUUUGGCGCUGGCCUGCUGCUUUACUCCGAUUACUUUUUUAGUAUCCAAAUAUCUGGAGUUCCAGUGGCUAUAAUUAAACCAAAAGCAGCUGACACGACAGAACUAGCAUGGCGGGGAAGGGUGGGUGUCGGUUCUGCAGGAAAUCUAGCUAGGCGAGUACUUUACCUCGCAGCUGCACCCCAAGCCUAGUUUUGAUUUUGAGCCAAGCUCCUAAAUUAGCCAGGCAGGCCUUGAACUUUUCUUUGCUUACCUCAGCCUUGUGAGUGGCUGAGAUUAACAGGCCUGUGGCACCAGACCCAGUGAAAAGGUCUUUGUUCUAAAACAGAAAAAAAAUUGUUUUAGUACACGAGGUCAGACAUUUUCGAUAACUAUUCGGCCUAAUCGCUUAGAAAUGCAUGCUCCAUUGCUUUACAUAACACCCAUCCUGGCAUAUCGACUUAAUUUUUUUUUAAGGGUUUCUGAAAUGUCCAUUUUACUCUGGCAAUGUCUUGUUUUAGAAGAGAAAAGCUCUUUUAAAGUCAGGAAUGUACUGGAACAGCUAAAUUUGUUUCAUUAGCUGCUAAUUCAUGGGUCAGAACCACAGUUGGGAGGGCCCAGGGUCAGCUGCUAGGAAGCCUGACAUGGUGAAGAGGAGAUCCUGCAAGAGCCCGGGGUGCACAUCUUCAGACGCCCUUUCUCCACUUUGUGAAAUGCCUUUUUGGAAUCUCAGCAGAGUUGAUGGCAGCUCCAUAUAGAGUGGAGGCGGAGCAGAUGGCUACCAUGUACACACAUGUUCUGACAGUCAUCCGUCCUAUUGGCUCAGCAGCGGUCCACAGUGCCUCCUGUUCCCUCAUUCACUGGCUGAUGUGCUAGAUCUCUAUUUGGCAUAGCUGCAGGAGACAGCCAUGGGCUUGGGUCCUGGUUCGAAUCCCCUGGGGCUAGCAAAGGUACAGAUUGGCAUGGGUGGUAUGUCCUCAGAACGGGUUAAAGCAUCAGCUGAAGGCCCGAGAGAGCACGGGCCUGGAGACUGACUGCCUUCUUUCUAUUCUUGCUGGGUUCCUUGUAUUGGAAGGCCUCAGGAACACUAGAAGUAAGGCAAUGUUAAUAAUUGCCACUCUCUGGGAGCUUCUAGCAAAAGUCUCAAGAACCUAGAGACAUUAACCAGGUGAAGGAGGCUGGGGGUGGGGGGGGGUUGCAAGAAGAUGCAGCAGCAUAUAGAAGGUUCUAGAAGAGAGAAAGCUUUGGACACCAGGUGAAGCCAGGAAGCCAAAGUCUCAUUCUUCAUUUUAGAAUGGUGGUGUGAGGCCAGUGGGUGGUCCGUGUGAGUGAGUCUUAAAGAGCAGGGGGUGGGCCAAUCUGAAAGAUCCCAGGAGUUCUCACACUGUGUGCUCAGCCAGAGGCACUGUGCCCUAUUCAUUUAUUUAUUUGUGAAAUAAACAUACUGAGGACCCCUUUGAUUCUUACACUCUGUCCUAGGUAUUCUGGCUGCUUAAAACCAUACAUAAGGCAGUCAGACCCUCUGUUCUAGUUAAUUUUAUCUCGGUUAUCUGAGGGAGUUUCAGUAGAGGGGGUUGCCCAGAAUAGAUCAGCCAAUCAGAGAGAUUUGUCUAGAUUGAUGAUUGAUGUGGGAGGGCCCAGUUCAUUGGUCCUGGAUAGUGUAAGAGCAGUGUGUGUACUGGGCCCUCCCACACCAAUCAGAGGAGCUGUCUGAUGGACAGCAUUUGUCCAUUAUUUUCAUAGUUUCUGCAUUAGUUCUUGCUUGAUUUCCUGCCCUGACACCCCUCAGUGGUGGUGUAUGACUAGGAACUAUGAGCUGUAAUAGACCCUUUCUUCCCAGAGUUGCUUUUGGUUGUCGUGGCAACAGAAACCAAACAACACUGUUUACAGAAGUUGACAUUUCAGAGGAGUUGGUGAGGCAGUCAUUAGAUAAAAUGAUGGAUGUGGAUUGUUGAGAAAGCAGGCAGCAUAGGACGACCCACUACCAGAAAUCCUGGAGCUGUAUGACGGCUAAUCUUGGUGGCAGCACAGUACAACUUCUCCAGUGUCUGCAGUCUUCCUGUCAGUAAACCCUUUCACAGGUUCAUCACGUGGUGGCCUCCUUAGGAGGUGGCCAAGUGUAAGAACAUGGAGCACGUACUUCGGGAGAAAGCCAAGUCCUUCUGGGCUCUGAGGCGCACCUAUGAGGCCAUUGCCAAGCACAAUGAGGUGCAGACAACUUGGCUAGAAGGCCGAAUCCGGGAUGAGUUUGACAAGCUCCGAGAUUUCCUGAGGGUGGAGGAACAAGCCACCGUGGAUGCCAUGAAGGAAGAGAGCAGGAAGAAGCACCUGCUGGCUGAGGAGAAGAUGAAGCAGCUGGCGGAGCAGACCGAGGCACUGGCUCGAGAGAUUGAGCGUCUGCAGAUGGAGAUGAAGGAAGACGACAUGACCUUCCUCAUGAAACACAAGAGCCGAAAACGCCGGCUCUUCUGCACCGUGGAGCCAGCACCUCUCCAGCCUGGCUUGCUUAUGGACGCAUGCAAGUAUCUGGAGUCCUUGCAGUACCGAGUCUGGAAGAAGAUGCUUGGGUCUGUUGAAUCGGUGCCCUUCAGCUUGGAUCCCAACACAGCUGCUGGCUGGCUCAAAGUGGCUGAUGACCUCACGAGCGUCAUCAACCAUGGCUACCGUGUGCAGGUGGAGAAUCCAGAGCGCUUCUCCUCGGCACCCUGCCUGCUGGGCUCUCAAGUUUUCUCCAAGGGCUCCCACUCUUGGGAGGUGGAUGUGGGUGGCCUGCCGAGCUGGCGAGUGGGCGUGGUGCGGGUGCAGGCACAUGCACAGGCACAGGCUCAGGCUGAUGUCGGUGGUGAGGGCCACUCACACAGCUGUUACCAUGAUACACGCUCAGGCUUCUGGUACCUGUGCCGCACUCAGGGUGUGGACGGAGACCACUGCAUGACUUCCGACACAGCCACAGCCCCUCUGGUCCAGGCCAUGCCACGCCGUCUGCGUGUGGAGCUGGAGUGUGAGGAGGGUGAGCUGUCCUUCUAUGACUCUGAGCGCCACUGCCAUCUGUAUACCUUCCAUGCCCACUUUGGGGAGGUGAGGCCCUACUUCUACCUAGGGGCCUCUCGGGGUGAUGGUCCCCCAGAACCUCUGCGCAUCUGCCACCUGCGUGUCUCCAUCAAAGAAGAGCUGGACAUCUGAGCUGCGGGAGUUGGUAGCCCACCACUGACACUCGUGCAGCAUCACGCCUUUUCUUAGUUCCAAGUCCGCCUAUGCCUCUGUCUUUAUUUUUAGUCCUUUUUCUGCCCAAAGUUAAGAGCCCCCCAGGAGGUGCUUGGCUGAGCUUAGGCUCUGUGGAAUCAUGCUACCUUCAGGAUGUGGGCUUCAUUUCCUCUGUCCUUGCAUUGCUGGUAUACUGUUUUCUUGAAGGAAGGCAUUAUAAUGCAGGUGUGACUAUUUUGAGUCUGUCAUUUAUGUUUCUAGGAAAAGGUCCUUGUCAGGCCAUACGGGGAAGCCCCAGGAUUGGUUGAUCCAAGAGUGGGCAAAGCCUUCACCUAGGCUCUCCCAUCUCAGUAGGGCAAGUUAGGCAUUGUCAGCCUAAGUGAGCAAACAUGGCUCACUUUGGCAUCUGGUCUGAAGCUUGAGAGUUCCCCUGUUGGCCCCACACAGACUGGGGUGAUUAGGACAGGAUUUCUCUGGGAACUCGGGGUGCAAGGUACUCUGGAAUACAGCUCAGAGUUAGUGGGUGUCACAGGAAAGGCAACUCUGGAGCCAGCUUCAAGUCAGUGACACAGAGGCCAUAGUACCAGAAUGCAGUGAGAAGACAGCUGGUGCUGGGCUGGGACCAGAGCCCUGCUCUGCUGCUCUUUUGAGCUAACUUCCUGUCGGCAUGGAAUCAACAUUGAUUGGUCAACUCAUGCUUUGAAAGUUCUCUGAAACUUUGUCCAGUUUUCUAGAACACUUUUAAAAAAUUAACUUGUUUGUCCUCUUUCUCUCUUGGGGCCUGUGUUUCCACAUCUAUGAAUUGACAGUAGUCCUUGGAAGUCAGUGGAGGAAGGUAUGAGGAGGGGCCUCAGUGGAUGCUGCUUCAGUCAGGAACUGUUGGUCUGGGAGGCCAGUCCUGUCCUUGAUGCCCUUGUCUUCAUUGGCUUCAGCCAUUGUUCUUGCUCUGCUCUGUGCAGAUUUCACUUUUCCUUGUGUGCCCCUCCACCUUUUCUUUCUCACUCAUGCCUAUAGAUGGAGUCUAAUUGCCAGCUAACCAAAUCCCAAGUUGUGUCUUAAGGAGAAAUAGCACCUCAGGGGUGCACCGUCAUAGUCAGGAACACAUUGCUGACCUAGGACCUAGCAUCCCAAUUUCAGCCUGCACCCCUCAUUACAUAAGACUUGUUUUAAACCAUGCCGCUUACCCACUAAUUGGCUCUAACUAGGUCAUGCGCAUUGAUUAUCUAACAAGUGGGGACACAGAAGAACCCCUGGUGCAGGCCAGGCUGGGAGCAGGGACAGUGUUGGCAAGCCAGCUUAUGAGUGUCAGAUGCUUGGGCACCACGGGUGUGAAAAGGUAUGCCUGCUAUGAUGUAUGUGUCCAGUUUCUCUAAAGAAACUCUCCCUGAAGUUACUCUUAAUUUUAAUUUUCACCUUAGUUCUUUUUAAAUAGGGUAAUUUUAAUGACCUAGAAUCUUUUAGAAAGAUUUUACUUGACCCACAACUGACAUGUUUCUUUCAGAGCCUUUGUAAACACAAAUUCUUUCUGUAACUUGUACCUGACUCGAUCCUUCCCAUUGUAAGACUAUCGUGUGCAGUGAAUGUGCUGUGUAGUUUGUUAGUUGGUGGACAUUUCGCUUGUUGCAGUGUUUAGCUAUUAUGAGUUCUGCUAUGAAAUUUGUGUGCAAGUUUUGUGUGGAUGUGUCUCUUUUGAUUCUCUGUCAUAUACCUUGGAGUCUGUUUUCCAGGUCAUAUGAUAAUUAUUUUAAACCCUUUGGGGACUUGCCACGCUGUUUGUAAGAGAACCGUUCCAUUUUCUACUCCGGCCGGCAGCAGGUGAGGGCUGGGUUGUAGCGAGUUCUUGUCAGCACUGUCUGCCCUCUCAGCUAGCCGUACUGAGGAAACUGGAGUGUGUCUCAUCUGACCUGCAGUUGCCAUCCUUGACGGCUGACGAGGGAGCAUCUUUUCUCAUGUUUGCUGUGUAUCUGCUUCAGAGACUUAAGAGUGUUUGCCCCUCAGGUUGUCCGUCUUUCUAUUAUGAAGUUUUACAAGUUUGUUAAUGCAUUCUAGAUAAAAGUUCCUUUGUGUCAGAUGAGUCACUUAUAAAAAUUUUCCUCCUAA